AAUGCUGUCAAUACAUAAUGAUCGUUAUUUAGAAUCUAACGUUAAAACACGUUAAGAAUUCUUUCCGAAAGAAUGGCAGAGCAGGUGGAAUACAUAGUACCACCAUGGGAAAUUGAAGCUUACGUAGAAAGCUUGAACGUUUCGGAGCUCGAAAAUGUCGGUAUAAAAAGUUGGUUGGAUUUCCACAAAAAAUUGACGUUGCUAAACCAACAGAAUGUGCUCGAGAUAACGGGGCUGCGCGAGGAGAGUGUCAUGGAAUGGUUCAUCUCGUUAAAGAAAAUUUCCAUUCUUGUGUACGAAGCUAUACAAAUCGACAUAUGGAAGCACAAGGUGUUUCCACUUUUGAUCGAUUUUAAUGGGGAACCAACAAACACAUUCAUGCUAUUCAGCAUAUUCUAUCACGAAGUCAUCGCGGUUUCGUUAUUGGAAAAUAUAUUGUUUCAUUGUGAAAGUGCGCAAACAUUGGAUGAUACGGUGAUUGACCUCAUCGAUUACACUGUUCAACACGUAACAAUGCUUCUCGAUGGAAAAACUUUAGAAAUAUAUGAAAUCAAAGACACUAAUUCUUGCCUGGAAGAAAUAGUAGAGAAGCAAAAGGCAUUUGAAUUUGACAUUGGGAUGCGGUGUAUCUCAAUUCUUCAUUAUCUAAUAGAAAUUUUGGAUAACUUACCUCUUUGCGCAAUUUCGCGCAUGCUAGCUGUACACGACGUUCCAUAUUUAUUUGCACAGCUGAUAGAAAGUCAACCAUGGAAGAAGCAAAAUGAUGAUGAGGUGUUGAUGUAUGAAGGUAGUUGGAGGAAAAUUAAACCGAACGAGAUUGGAAAAAUUAAUAAAAGAGAGGGACAAGUAUGGUUUGGUUUGCGAGAAUUACUUCUUAAUCCAAAAUGUUCUCCAUAUUAUGAAAUCACAGAGCAUAGGUUGUCCCAGCUGUCAAAGCUACAGAAACACUUGCACGACGAUAUACUCGAUCAAAUUGCGCCUUUGAUAGAGCUGAAGAGAUGGUUAGUUUAUUUAAACAUAUCGCCGGCAAUGCCAUCCUCGAACUCAACCUGCCCGGUUCGCGUGGAAGUUAUACCACAGAUAAAGUCAACUAUUCUGGAAAAAUAUCAUAAAAAAUGGAAGAAACUGGCUAGGCAUCAGUCCAAGUACUUAUUUACAACAGACACAAGUUACAUUAAAGAAGUCGCACAAAUUUUAAGUGAUGUCUAUGAUUUGGAAAAGUUAGAUUGUAUAGAAACGAAGAAAUGUUCGUUAUGUCAAGAACCAUCUAAGAAACGAUGUUCCAGAUGCAAAGAGGUUUGGUAUUGUAGCAGAGAGUGUCAAGUGAAAGACUGGGAAAAUCACAAAAAUAUUUGCAACACAAUAACAAAAACUAAACAGUGA